AUGUUGUCGGUACCAAUACAACACUUGUUGAGACUGGAAAUUCAGAAGGCCGGGGCUACCAAAGCCUACCGGAAAGACCGAGGUUGCCAGAGCAUCAACAGCAAGAGACAGAACAACAAGCCACUUCAUCUCGUUAUCGUGGAUGCUGCCGACCCAAGCACAAAAUCUCUCGGGGACAGCGCUCCCCCCAAUGCUCUCGCCGACCCCGCCACUGCCCGCUCCUCUGUUGCCGACUCACUCGGUGUCCCGGCAUCCAACUACGAGGGCGUGCGAGAGUCCCAGUACUCGUCGGUUCCAUUGAACCAGAGCUUUGACCCAUAUGCCGAUGCUGGUACCCCUUCCCCUCGUGGUACUAGUCCCUCGCAGUAUCGGGACGACAGCAAUGCAGAAAAGUCUGGUGAGGGAGGCGCUGCGGGUGCUUACGCACAUCAGCCCUAUGGAUCAGAGGCACCGGCCAAGAGCAGUAAACGCAAGUGGUUCUGGAUUCUGGCUGCUCUGGUUGCUCUCGCGGUCAUUGUUGUCGCAGUCAUCGUUCCGGUUUACUACACAGUCAUUAAGCCCAAGAAUAACGCGGCUGCAUCAUCCGGAUCGUCUGGCGGCCACUCGAGCGGCGCUCCUGCUCCCACGCAAUCCGGCGAUCCAGGUACCGUUCCCCAAGAGGCAAUUACUGGUGGUGAUGGAAGCACCGUCAAGACCGAAACAGGAAGCUUCGUUUACAACAACAGCUUCGGCGGGUUCUGGUACUACGACCCCAAGAGCCCCUUCACCAACAACGCUCAAGCACAGAGCUGGAGCCCGCCUUUGAACCAGAGCUGGAAAUUUGGCACUGAUAAGAUUCGAGGGGUCAACCUUGGAGGCUGGCUUGUGCUGGAGCCAUUUAUUACCCCAGCCCUGUACGAGCCUUAUCAGAACGCCACGACCCCUGCUAUCGAUGAAUGGACACUCUGCACGAAUCUUGCAGCCGACAAGUCCUCGGGCGGAGUCGCAAAAGUCCUCGAAGAUCAUUACAACACGUUCGUUACCGAAGAGGACUUUGCUCAGAUCGCCGCAGCAGGUCUGAAUUGGGUUCGUAUUCCAUUCCCGUUCUGGGCAAUUGAAGUCUAUCCUGGGGAGCCGUUCUUGGAAAAGGUCGCCUGGAAGUACUUCCUCAAGGCUAUCGGAUGGGCUCGCAAGUACGGCAUUCGUAUUAACCUCGAUCUGCACACCAUUCCCGGCUCCCAAAACGGAUACAACCACUCUGGCAAACUUGGGUCAAUCAAUUGGAUGCACGGAACGAUGGGGAUUGCAAACGCUCAACGAUCCCUCAACUACAUGCGCAUUAUUGCCGAGUUUGUCUCCCAACCUCAAUAUCGCGAUGUUGUUUGCAUGUUUGGAAUCGUCAACGAGGCCGUUAUUGCUACUAUUGGCCAGGACGUGAUUCAGAGUUUCUACCUCGAAGCCUACGAGAUGAUUCGUAACAUUACUGGAUAUGGCGAGGGUAAUGGGCCAUGGCUUAGCGUUCACGAUGGCUUUGCGGCGCUCUCGAGCUGGGUGGACUUUUUGCCUAACAGUGAUCGUGUAGCAAUGGACACUCACCCGUACUUUUCCUUUGGUACCGUCGAUACCGAUCCGAUCACCGCCCAAACCAUGAAGCCUUGCACCGCGUGGGGAGCCAACAUCAACAACUCGAUGACAAACUAUGGUAUGACCGCCGCCGGAGAGUUCUCCAAUGGAUUCAAUGACUGCGGGUUAUUCUUGAAUGGUGUGAACCGUGGAGCGCGGUAUGACGGGACUUUUGAUUCGUACAGUGGCGUAAACGCCGGUGCGGGCGCAUGCACGCAGUGGAUGGAUGUGGCUCGCUGGGAUCAGACUACCAAGAAUGCAAUCAAGCAAUUUGCGUUGAGUAGCAUGGAUGCGACACAGAACUACUUCUUUUGGACCUGGAAAAUUGGUAAAUCCAGCACGUGGGGCACAGUUGCCUCUCCACUCUGGUCUUACAAACUCGGACUUGAUAACGGGUUCAUGCCCACCGAUCCACGUGCAGCUGUUGGAGUAUGCUCCAACUCAUCGCCCUGGAACGGACCUCUCCCCGCUUCGAAGACUGGCGGCGGAGGAGCAGGCCCCAUCGACUCGGCGUACCAAACCCAAUACCCCUGGCCACCCGCUUCCCUCUCUGGAGGCGUCAACCCCGCUGCUCUCCCGACCUACACCGCCACCCAAACUGUCAUAUCGCUGAGCCCGGCUACCUACACGACCAGCGGCACGCAGACCGCAGACGCCGGUACCGGAUGGGUCAACACGGCCGACACGAGCGGGAUGUACACUACCAUUGCCGGGUGCGCGUACCCGAGCAACGCAUGGGAUGCGGUCGACGCGACUCAGGGAGCGUGUGCGGUUGCUGCCCAGAGGGUGUUUAAGGGACGAUGGGCGAUGCCGAAAGAGACCGGAAAACCUUGA